AUGGCGGCAGCGGCGCUGUUGCUGCUGGUGUCCCUGCUGGCGGCGGCGGCAGCCACGAGCAACACGCCUGACAACGUGCGCAAGGAGAGGAGCGAGGAGGAGACGCGGCGGAUCUUCAAGGAGUGGAAGGCCGAGCUCGGCAAGACCUACAGCUCCGUCUCCGAGGAGGAGCGCGCGCACGACAUGUUCAGGCACCGCCUCGGCGACAUCGACCAGGGGUGGCACGAGGAUGGCUACUCGGCCUGGUCCUGGGAUAGAGAGAGGAGCGAGGAGGAGACCCGGCGGAUCUUCGUGGAGUGGAAGGCCAUGAACGAAAGGAUCUACAGGUCCAUCGACCACGAGGAGCACUGGUACGCCAUAUUCAAGGACGCCCUCUGUCAAGUCGAUCGGAACAACGCCGGCUACGCCAUAGGGGUCGACACUAACCACCAGGGCAUCAACGGGUUCACCGAUCUCACCGAGGAGGAGUUCAGCGUCGUUUGCAGCGGGUUCAUCCUGGAGGGCUUUGAGCCAUCGCCGGCCGAGUUAAGGAGGGUGGCUGAGAUCCAGGAGCGGUUGCGGCUAGUAUAUGCCCCUCCAUCCCUUUGGGCUUAUUGA